UUUUUAAUUGAUUUCAGAUUUUCGUGAACAAAAAGAAAAAUGGGUAAGGCUGAAGUUGGAACUCCUAAAUGGAUCGGGAAUAGAAUCAAGUCCAAAGGCUUGCAGAAACUCAGAUGGUUUUGUCAAAUGUGUGAGAAACAGUGUCGAGAUGAGAAUGGGUUUAAAUGUCACAUGAUGAGUGAAUCCCAUCAGAGACAGCUUUUGCUGUUUGGUGAGAACCCAAACAGUUAUCUUCAUGACUAUUCAAAACAGUUUGAAAAGGGUUAUACCGAUAUUUUGAAACGACAAUACCCAGACAAGAGAGUUCAUGCCAAUGUUGUCUAUCAGCAGUACAUUGGGUACAAGGAACAUGUACACAUGAACUCGACGUGCUGGGUCACUUUGACAAGUUUUAUCAAGCAUUUGGGUAGAACAGGAAAGGCAGUUGUGGAUGAAACGGAAAAAGGAUGGUUUGUAACUUGGGUAGAGAAGGAUAUGGAAACACAAGAAAGAGAUAAACGUCUAGCAAAGAAAGAUAAACUAGCAAAGGAUGACGAUGAACGAUUAAAAGAAUACAUUGAUAUGCAAAUAGAAAAAGCUAAGGCUGAGCAGAAGAAUAUCGAAGAGCACGAGGCUACAGAGCUCCUCAAGGACGAGGACGAGGUCGUCAAGCUGGACCUCAAGAUUCAAGAGAGAAAACUGAAGGAGGAAACUAAAGCUGAGCUAAAGAACAUAUUUAAAGAUGCAGGAAGAGGAGAGAAGAAGAGAACUAGAGAUGAAGAGGAGAACGGAAAAAAGAAGAUGUCCGCUCUUGAGGAGAUAAUGGCAGAGGAGAAGAAGAGGAAGAAGGUGGAGAAGGUGGAGGAGAAGGGUGAGACAGCUGCUCCCUGGCUCAGGAAGAAUAUCGUGGUGAAGAUCGUGGCAAAGUCCCUGGGGGACAAGUACUAUAAAAAGAAGGGAUUUAUCAAGGAGCUGGUUGAUGAUUAUGUUGGUCUAGUGGUGGUUAAUGAUACCGGAGCUAAACUAAAGCUUGACCAGGAGCAUUUAGAGACGGUUAUUCCACAGGUUGGCAGGGAUGUUGUUAUUUUGGUCGGUAAACACAGAGGAGCCACUGCAGUACUAAGAACGAUUGAUACGGACAAGUUUUCUGGAGUACUAAAGCUGGACUCAGGAGAUAAAAUUACUUUACCAUACGAGCAUUUUAGCAAAAAAUAUGUACCUUCAUAGUUUAAAAAUUCUUUAUAUAUUAAAUGGCCACGUGACCUGAAAUUUACAGAAAAAUGUCGGAGUCGGA